AUGAAGAAAUAUAUUAAUAACAGAACCAAGUCUAAUUUUGAGAAAUCAAGUAUUUUGUCAGAUUCCUGUAUGUUCUCAAAGGAGAUGGUAAACAUAAACCCCAAACCUUUCUCGUCUUCUGAAUGUGAGAAAUCUUUUGUCACAAAUGCAGAGCUCGUCUGUCAUCAGAGCACUCACACAGGAGAGAAACCGUUCACAUGUUCUGAAUGUGGGAAAUGUUUUGUUAUCAAAGCGCAGCUUGUUCAUCAUCAGAGUACUCACACAGGAGAGAAACCGUUCUCAUGUUCUGAAUGUGGAAAAUGUUUUCGACAACGUUCAAAUCUUGUCAGUCAUCAGAGAACUCACACAGGAGAGAAACCGUUCACAUGUUCUGAAUGUGGAAAAUGUUUUGUCACAAAAGCAGAGCUCAUCUGUCAUCAGAGAACUCACACAGGAGAGAAACCGUUCUCAUGUUCUGAAUGUGGAAAAUGUUUUAGGCGACAAUCACAACUUGUCAUUCAUCAGAGAACACACACAGGAGAGAAACCGUUCUCAUGUUCUGAAUGUGGAAAAUGUUUUCGACAACGUUCAAAUCUUGUCAGUCAUCAGAGAACUCACACAGGAGAGAAACCGUUCACAUGUUCUGAAUGUGGAAAAUGUUUUGUCACAAAAGCAGAGCUCAUCUGUCAUCAGAGAACUCACACAGGAGAGAAACCGUUCUCAUGUUCUGAAUGUGGAAAAUGUUUUGGGCGACAAUCACAACUUGUCAUUCAUCAGAGAACACACACAGGAGAGAAACCGUUCACAUGUUCUGAAUGUGGAAAAUGUUUUGUCAUCAAAGCGCAGCUUGUUCAUCAUCGGAGAACUCACACAGGAGAGAAACCAUUCUCGUGUUCUGAAUGUGGAAAAUUUUUUGCCAGUAAAGCAGGGUUUGUCUGUCAUCAGAGAACUCACACAGGAGAGAAACCAUUCUUGUGUUCUGAAUGUGGAAAAUGUUUUGGGCAACAUUCACAUCUUGUCAGUCAUCAGAGAACACACACAGGAGAGAAACCGUUCUCAUGUUCUGAAUGUGGAAAAUGUUUUCGGCACCAUUCACAUCUUGUCCGUCAUCAGAGAACACACACAGGAGAGAAACCGUUCACAUGUUCUGAAUGUAGAAAAUGCUUUGUCACAAAUGCAGAGCUUGUCUGUCAUCAGAGAACUCACCCAGGAGAGAAAUCGUUCUCAUGUUCUGAAUGUGGAAAAUGUUUUGGGCGACAAUCACAACUUGUCAUUCAUCAGAGAACACACACAGGAGAGAAACUGUUCUCAUGUACUGAAUGUGGGAAAUGUUUUGCCAGUAAAGCAGGGUCUGUCUGUCAUCAAAGAACUCACACAGGAGAGAAACCGUUCUCAUGUACUGAAUGUGGAAAAUGUUUUGGGCGACAAUCACAACUUGUCAUUCAUCAGAGAACACACACAGGAGAGAAACCGUUCUCAUGUUCUGAAUGUGGAAAAUGUUUUGGGCGACAAUCACAACUUGUCAUUCAUCAGAGAACACACACAGGAGAGAAACCGUUCUCAUGUUCUGAAUGUGGAAAUAGUUUUAGGCAACACUCAAAUCUUGUCCGUCAUCAGAGAACUCACACAGGAGAGAAACCGUUUUCAUGUUCUGAAUGUAAAAAAUGUUUUGUCAUCAAUUCAAAGCUUGUUCAGCAUCAGAGAACUCACACAGGAGAGAAACCGUUCUCAUGUUCUGAAUGUGGAAAUAGUUUUGGGCAACAUUCAAAUCUUGUCCGUCAUCAGAGAACUCACACAGGAGAGAAACCGUUCUCAUGUUCUGAAUGUGGAAAUAGUUUUGGGCAACAUUCAAAUCUUGUCCGUCAUCAGAGAACUCACACAGGAGAGAAUCCUUUCUUAUGUAGUAAAUGUGGGAAAUGUUUUGCCAGUAAAUCAGAGCUUGUCUGUCAUCAAAGAACUCACACAGGAGAGAAACCGUUCUCAUGUUCUGAAUGUAAAAAAUGUUUUAAUACAAAUGCAGAGCUCGUCUGUCAUCAGAGAACUCACACAGGAGAGAAACCGUUCUCAUGUUCUGAAUGUGGAAAAUGUUUUGGGCGACAAUCACAUCUUGUCCGUCAUCAGAGAACUCACACAGGAGAGAAACCGUUCUCAUGUUCUGAAUGUGGAAAAUGUUUUCGGCAACAUUCAACUCUUGUCAGUCAUCAGAGAACUCACACAGGCGAGAAACCGUUCUCAUGUUCUGAAUGUGGAAAUUGUUUUGGGCAACAUUCACAUCUUCUUGUUCAUCAUCAGCGAACUCACACAGGAGAGAAACUGUUCACAUGUUCUGAAUGUGGAAAAUGUUUUGUCCAUAAAGCAGAUCUUGUCCGUCAUCAGAGAACUCACACAGGAGAGAAACCGUUCUCAUGUUCUGAAUGUGGAAAAUGUUUUGGGCGACAAUCACAUCUUGUCAGUCAUCAGAGAACACACACAGGAGAGAAACCGUUCUCAUGUUCUGAAUGUGGAAAAUGUUUUGUCUAUAAAGCAGUUCUUGUCAUUCAUCAGAGAACACACACAGGAGAGAAACCGUUCUCAUGUUCUGAAUGUGGAAAUAGUUUUGGGCAACAUUCAAAUCUUGUCCGUCAUCAGAGAACUCACACAGGAGAGAAACCGUUCUCAUGUUCUGAAUGUGGAAAUAGUUUUAGGCAACAUUCAAGUCUUGUCAGUCAUCAGAGAAUUCACACAGGAGAGAAGCCGUUCUCAUGUUCUGAAUGUACAUUUUUUUUCCGCACAAAUGCAAAGCUCGUCAGUCAUCAGAGAACUCACACAGGAGAGAAGCCUUUCUUAUGUAGUAAAUGUGGGAAAUGUUUUGCCAGUAAAUCAAAGCUUGUCAGUCAUCAAAACUCACACAGGUGAGGUGAUUUUAUAAUGCAUCUAUGGAUUAACAUAAGAAUAAAAUAUCUUGCAUUGUGAUUUUAUUUUUUAUCAUGCUCAUACAAUAAAUAGUAACUUUGAUAGUAACAGUCAAUCUUCAUAUAAUGCAUUGGUAUUGUGGCACCACCAUGCUAUCGUCGGUAUGUGCCUAACCUGCAUUGCUAACUCUGCUUCACUUGGUUGCACACUCACCGGCAACCCAGUAUACAACUCAGAAUACAUUGUGGUUGAAUGUUCUGGCUGUUACAGGGUAUAUUAAAUAGCAUGUUCCACUGGUAAUACACUUCAAUGAAUAAGGUUGUUUCGCCUGACCUAAAUUUGCAUGAUUCCAACCAAGACCUCAGCAAACAGACAAGACACAUGAUUCUUGAUGGCAACUUGUAGGAUCACUAUUUCUGAGCUCCAGCUUUUAUUAAAAAACUACAGCACACACAUGAAAUGUAUUUACAAAUUAUUCAUACCAAUAAAAAUAUGAACUGGGAUAGGAGGCCAGAGAUCUUUUGUUCACAUAGAUUGAUAAAGGCCCGCUGUUAUUAUAACCUUUGACCCGGCCAGACUCCCAUGUGUAUUAAGAAGGGCCUCUUUCUGAAUGUAUUCAUUUUAACAUAUAUAUGUGUAAAUAAUAUGUGUAAUUUAUAUUUUACCCCCAAGUAUAACCAUUUCUUACAAAUACACAAGUCCUGCGCUUAAACUCCCAUUACUCCCAGGUGGCAGCAACGACCAUAGUACACAUCAGCCCUAAUACAUACAGUAAAAAACAAAGAAAACAAGUUAACCAUUUUUAUAAUGUAUGGCUUUAAUCAUAGAUUGGAUAGAAUGGUUAUUAAGCUACAACCCUUUUUACACAUUUUUGAAAGAAUAAAUAACAUGAUCCUUAUGUGUACACCUCCUAAUUAACUGUUUUCUUAGACAUAUAA